AAAAACUCUCAUCUUCCCUUCCCGUUCUUUGGUUCAUUCUUCUCUUUCCUUGGUAACGACCGCAACGCCGUUGAACUGCCGGCCUGUGACCCGCCGUUCACCCACCAGCCACGAACCGCUGGCCUACAACCCGCCGAACACCCACCAGCCUUGAGCCAUCGGCCUGCGACCCGCCGUUCACUCCCUCCUCCCACGACCGGCGCGACACCCUGGCGUCCGACAGAUCUUCCCUCUGUUGACUCUUCUCCCGAAAUUUCAGUAAAUAUGAAACUUAUUGGUUCUUGUCGAUAGCUUUUACUUAUAUCGAGCUUUGGAAUGAAAUAGUCCACGGAUUGUGGAAGCUUCUACAUUUCCUGAGUGCGAAUAAUUAGCAAAUCGAAUGAUGGAAAAUCACCCGCCACUUUACCCACACGACGAGGACAUGUUCGACGAGGCAGGUCAGAACGCGGCCAGGCGUGAAGAUUGUGACCAGCAACCACCAUUGCCAGAUAAUCGACAGACUAUUUCGUCAUGGACUUUUCAGUAAAAAUUAUAUAGUUCUGCCACCGCUGGUCUCAGCAAACAAAUUCAAAAGAUUAUCACCUCAAAUUUUACAGACGGGUGUAUAACGUGGUCUGAAGUUCCAAGUGAUACACGGGAUCGAUGGUUUCAAAUGUUCAUGAAUUUAUAUCGCUGGGACGCUAUGGAUGAGGGGAACAUUCAGACCUUGUUUGAGAGAAAAGGGUCUCAAAUUUUACCGCGGGCUUUGAGGGAUGCCCGAAAGAAAUUAAAGAUGCCACAAUGGGUCAAGCCAGAGUUGCACGCUUGCAUGAUUAUCAAGUUUACAAGCCCGGAGUCUCUAAAAAUUCGGGAGCGCAACGUGGAAAACAAGAACAAAAAUAAGGAUGCCUUGCUGAAUAAGUAUAGAGGCAGAGCGUGGUUGAUGGAUCUUGUACAAAAAAAAAUGGAGAGUCUGAAGAAAUACUGUGUAGAGUACGGCACGCAAACUACUUCUACAGUGAGAAAUGAGCUUAUCAAGUCUAAUGGGGGCUACGACAUGAAAGGUCGAGUGGCAGGGCUCGGCACACAAAGGAGCACCGCAAGAGUAGUAUUAGGUGGAUCUAGUUCGCAUGCCGUCCAUAACAACCCACAAGCUUACAACUGCCCCUCGAAAAUAGAGAUGAAAGCUCAACAAGAAGCUUUGAGACAGACCCAAGCUGCUCUUUAA